GGGUACAAAAAAGAAAACAAAAAAAAAACACACCUUUUCUCCUCAAAUUCCCAACCCCACUCUAUCUUUCACACACACAGAAGCCAAGAGAUAACCGUCGGCAGAGGAGAAUUGAACUUAACCAAAUCGCUCGCCGGAUAAAUAUUCUUACUCCCAUUGGUCGCCGGAGAAGUUAAUCAUCGGCGUCAGAAGAAUGACAUCAACGAGGCUGCUAUUGCUGCCUCUCCUCACCUCUUCCUCCAUUGCUGCUGCUUCACGCCUCUUUUCUUCUUCUUCUUUCACUUCUGCUUCACAAUUUCCCUUCACUAGGAAGCCGUGGCUUUUUGGCAAAAGACAUCAAGGCAUCGUUUGUUUACGGAUCGAAGACGGGAAUGAAGUGAAUUUGUUCGGGGGUUCCGAUGAUGAAUUUGGCGCUCAAGUUCCAACCCAGGCCCAAACUGUUACAGAAGGCUCGGGUGCAGUUCUUGUCUCGGAAUAUAAGCCUUCCCCUGAUGUCGAUUACCUACAGGAGUUACUAGCAAUUCAGCAACAAGGGCCACGAAAUAUUGGCUUUUUUGGGACACGGAAUAUGGGCUUUAUGCAUCAAGAGCUCAUUGAGAUCCUCAGUUAUGCUAUGGUCAUAACGCAAAAUCACAUAUUUACAUCAGGAGCUUCGGGCACUAAUGCUGCUGUAAUUAGAGGUGCACUAAGAGCUGAGAGGCCAGAACUGCUUACCGUUAUAUUGCCGCAAAGUUUGGAAAAACAACCUCCUGAGAGCCAAGAGUUACUUUCAAAAGUAAAAAAUGUGAUUGAAAAACCGUACAAUGAUCAUCUCCCAUUGAUUGAAGCCAGCAGGCUGUGUAACAUGGAUAUCAUAUCUCAAGUGCAGCAAGUCAUCUGCUUCGCGUUUCAUGACAGCCGAUUGCUAAUGGAAACAUGCCAAGAAGCAAAGAACCUUAGGAAAAUUGUAACUCUCUUUUACCUAGAUUGAUUAAUUCAUUGAUUGUGUACACAUCUAAUGGAGCACACCACUACUCAUUUCUGCUCAUGUUUCGUUGCAAUCGUUAUAGUCCUAUGCAAUUUGAUCGCGUUGUUAUUGUUA